AUGAUGGGGAUUCCACUCCAUUUCUGGGCGGAACCUACAUUCCGGUGUAUCGGGGAAGCCAUUGGUGAGGUGGAGGACGUGGAUAUUGAUGGAGGAAGGGUUCGGGUGUGCUUAGAUGGGUACAAGCCACUCAUCUUUGAGACAUCGGUGGAGUUCCACAGUGGAGAGGAGACAGUGGUGACUCUGCGUUAUGAACGACUCUUUGGCUAUUGCCGGGAGUGCUUCAGCCUGUGUCACGAUGUGGUGCAAUGUCCGGCUCUCCGCAGGGCCAGAGAAGAGAGGGAAAAUCAGAAGAGGCGGGAAGAAAAGCCCGAUGGAGGCCCUAUGAGUUACAAGGGAGUGGUCAUUAAUGGACCGAGGGAGGAGAAUGGGAAUGGGAGGCAGUCACACACCCAUGUUGGUAGUGGUGGUGAUUUGAAGGGGAAGGGGAAAGUGGUGGAAAACAGAGACGAGAGAGCUAAAAGACAGGCUGUGUUUCGGGGCAAUGGGAAGCAUGGCGGAGAAAGUUCAGGAGGCCAGAGGAAACCAGUGGGACAUGUACCACCAGAGCAGAGGAAGCGGAUCAACAGACCCACAGCUCCGGCUAGAAGCAUGAUGGCUCCAUUGUUGAUUUCCACAGCGCCGGGAACAGAGAUCCAAGUCCAAACCAACAUUCGCCAAAAAGGUGCGUAA